AUGGAUAACGUUCCUUCAAUCAUAGACUCCACAUUAUCACCAUCACAAGGAUGGGUUCGUAUUGAGUUAGAACCGGUAAAUAUUCCAUUAGAGCAGGAUGAUUCCAUACUUUUAUCAACCGUACAAUCAGUUAUACCUGGUGCACAUGGCCUUUACUACAAGGAUAACGAUUGCAAGAAAGCCUUAAAAUACAAUGGUACAACUGGUUGUAUAUUAAAAGGUCCACCAGGUUGGAAUUCUAAGCCAAUUUAUGUUGUACUUGGUUUGUCUUAUUUUCAUAUAAUUAAAUUUUUAACUCAAAAUUUUUAA